AAAAAAAGAAGAAAACCAAAAAAAACAAGUUUCCCUCGCCAGCGAAUUUUUCGUAGAUCCUCGUGUAAAUAUAUUCAUUCUUUUGCGCAAGACUUCGACGAGAUGGGAGAGAUUUGUUUAGAUUUGUUAGAAAUGAUUAUUUAUCGAAACGAAGAUUGAACGUAAUGGGAUAUUCUCUAGAUAGAUUUCAUUUUUUUUUUCAGAUCCGAUACGUUGUAAUUUAUUCUGUAAAUAGGCUAAUAUAAUGAUUAACUUUAGCAGGCUUUGUUACUUGAACUAAUUGUAAGUAUAUCCUCUGUGAAAUUGAUUAACCACGAUUCGAGAGCCUCGACAAAUACGUACAUAUGUAAUAAUAUUUAUCGAUAGACGCUUGCCUUGCGAGGUCAGAUCAGGACUAUCUUUUUCUUCGGAAUAAUAUCUCGCGGUCAUUGCUUAAUAUGACGUAAGUCCACGGCAUCGUACGGAGGUCGAGUGUAUAUUUCAGGCUCUGACACACCUCAGGACAUGUUUAUAUUUGCCUCUCGCUCUCGCGCAUUAGGUUUCUAUAGCGUCAGAGCUAUGUUUCUCCCACCCUCAUGAGCACACAGUGGCAACUAUAGUCGGUGACUUAAGCUACACGGUGAUGGGUUCGCAACUGUCACUCUGAAGACAAAAUGCGUGGAGUCGUACAUUCCGAUGGUGGAAUUCGUUAGAGUGAUAUCUUCAUCGAUUUCGCGACGAAUCUAUUUUACUCGAGGAGUGUAAUUUAUUGUUAAUCGUAAACUUGUAUAAAUACGUUUGAUUUAUCAUCAUGGCUAAAACGAAAUCUUCCGAAGUGGAAGAAGGAUCGAUGGGUUUCAAGGAUAAGCAGAAGGCUUUGGAUACAUUGAAAUUUCUUGACGAACGUGAUAUAAGUUAUCAAUAUCACGUUAUAACCAGCUUCGUCAGUCGCGUUAAAAGAACAUUACAAAUAACGAAGGACGAGGAGAAACUUUCGAAUUUGCGAGAUGCUUUGAAAGUAUUCGAAGAUUGGUUGACCGAUUAUAAAGAAAAUAAUCGUGGAAAAGAAAAUCUUGCAUAUUUACCGAUAGAAACGAUCAAGGCUUAUAGAUCACUCGCCAAGAGAUACGAUGUGAUCGACGAUGAUUUUUACGUCGCUUACAAGAAGGAAAAAGGAGAUUACAAAAGUUUACGUACUUCGAAGUUACAAAAUAACGGGAUAACGUGGGACAUUGAAAGGAAUCGUAGAUUAAAGGAUAUCGUUGCUAACAUCAAAGAAAGGAAUAUACAAUGGUACGAGACGGAUAUUGGUGAUUUAAGAGGACUUCCAACGAAGGAACACGUUCGAUGCAUCAUGUUAGGAUACAGUCCGGAUCCAACAAAGUUGAAAAAGUUGAUGGCGGAUGUUGCAUCGAAAAUCGGUGUUAUAGAUGAUAUCGAUAUGGAAGUUGAAGAAGAAGUCACGAAGAAGACGACCAAGAGAAGCCACGAUAGGAACACGUCGAGUAGCGAAAGCGAGUCCAGCGAGCCCGAUAGAAAAGUUGCCAAGUUAUCCUCCGAUGUAGAAGGAGAGAAAAAGGAAGAUAGUGGUCUUAGUUUUAAGGAUAAGGAAAAAGCUUUGCAGAGUAUCAAAUCUCUCGAAGGGCGUGACUUGAGUUAUCAGUAUCAUGCCAUUGCUGGUUUGGUUAAAAGAGCCGAAAGAGUAAUAUCGUGUACGAAGGAUAUAAAAAAAAUCCAAAAUAUGAAGGAAGCUGUUGAAGUUUUCGAGGAUUGGAUUACCGACUAUAAUGUAAAUGGUAGAUCGCAAGAUAAUUUUAAUUAUUUAUCGAUCGACGUUAUACGUGCUUUCGAACCUCUCGCUAAAAAAUACGAUAUCGAGGAUAAAGGGAUUUUAAAGGCAUACGAAGAAGUAGAUGGAGAUUAUAAAAAAUUGAGAACGUUGCAAGUCCCAGAAUCCGAUUUAACGUGGGAUAAAAAGAGAAACAAAUUUCUUCGAGAAUUUGUGGAUCGUAUGAAAGAAGAAGAUAUUUCUUGGUUUGAAACCGACGGAGAUUUUCGGAGUUUACCGACUAAAGAACAUGCGCGAUGUAUUAUGUGGGCUUACAGUCCCGAUCCUACGAAAUUAAAAAAGCUCGUGUCCGUAGUUAUAGAGAAAUUAGCGUCUACAGUGUGAUAUACUAUAACUAAUUAUCUAUAUGCUAUAUCUAAUUAGUUAUCGUAUUAAAGCUUUCAUGCUGUUAUAUUUUUUAAGCUAAAGCUAAACGAUCUUUUAAUUAGUUGUAUACGCGUAUAUAUAUAUAUAUGUACAUAUGUACAUACAUACAUACAUACAUAUAUAUAUAUACACGUGUACACGCAACUAAUUAAAAAAUAUUAUUUCCUUUUAUUUGCAGGUCAAAUAUUUUACAUAAUUAACUAUAAUCGAAGUCUGUAAUGUUUAUAAAAGAAAAUAUAAUAUUUAAAAGGCAUCCCUACGAAACGACAAUAUCAAUUAUACGUUCACACGAAAUUCGAACGUCCCGCCGGCGCUGAAUAGCUAGCGCCAUCUUGUCGACACUAAGACGCGCGCGAGAAGGCUAGAUGGCGCUAGGCGUCGAGUUGGUUUUUCGAGCGGCGAGCUCAAUCGAUAGUUUUUAUUGCUGUCGCUGACUCGCGAGGGAGGGUGAGCCUCGAGUACAGUUUUGAGGUUAGGGUUAGUGACUCGGUGACACUGGAAACGAUAACCG